UUGAGCGAUGCGUCACGUGUAAAUGCUUUUAAGCUCAUUAUUACCAUGUCACGCCUAGAGAUCACUAAAAUCUGAUGUGGCACAUUGGCUGCGCUUUACUGAGCCAGUGCACGUCGCGGGAAACGGAUCGUAUCCAGAAGAAAAAUCAAGUGUCUAGUCCAUUGCGAAUUAAAGAGUGGACAAGAUCAGGCCGAAAGCUGAAUCAAUGAAAACCCCAAAAUGAUGGACAGCAAAUCGGCUCUCGGAGUGCCGCAGCUCAGCAAUGAGAUGCAGCUCAAGAUCAUGAACAAAGUGAAGAGCGGCGAGUUAAGCAUUGAGGACGCGCUGAAGCAAGCUGAGAACAUUUGGGGUUCACAGGAGAACUUCAGUGUGUACAAGUUCAACCGUUAUCGCUGGCAGAAACGCAUAUUGCAGAUUGACUUUAACACUAAGAUGGUGUGCAGCAUUGAGAAGGGCAUCGUGAAGCGUCAGAUACCAUUCUUCGAGGUGAAGGGCUGCAAUGACGGUCCGGGAGCCAAGUUCUCUGUCUUGUUCCGUGGCCGACCAGAAUACGAGCUGGAGGCGUCUUCGCUGGAGGACAAGUACAAGAUCAUGCAGCUAGUAAACAGGAUCAUACAAGGGAACAUAAAUGACAUUGGUGGACAGCUACAGACCGCAGAGCAACUGUCUCCACCCAGAAGCCUUCACCAGGGGCAGCUGUAUCUGCAAAGAGGUGGCUUGGCCUCAUUCAGAUGGGUGAAGUACACGGCCCAACUUUACGAGUCCCAGCUGACCCUGCUGCCCACGGGACAGCAAAUGGCCGCCAGCGGCGACGGCUGCACCUCCCCACCCCUGCCCUUCAUCAUCCACUUCUCGGACGGCAAUGCCAGAGUGGAGAAGCCGCGCAGCUGCGACACCUUCUCUGUGCUCACAAGGGUUAACGAGUAUCUGUUCCGGGUUCCUGUAAUGGAUGAGAUGAAGAGUGCAGAUGCCGUCAUGAUCGAACGAGACAAGUGGGUGCAAGACAUCGAUCGGCAGUGUGUGGCCUGGAGACGCUGUUCCCAGUCUGAGGAUCAGACCAUUUACGAGACCAUCAUGGAGGCGAAGAGACCUGAGGUUUCUGAGAUGGACGGACUCAGGAAGUCCUUCGCCCUCCUGGUGGAGGAGGCCGAGUCUGUGGGCUCCUCCGAUGAGGAGAAGAGCACGGACACGCUGACUCUGCCACCGGCGCCUCCGAGUCCCAAGCUGUGUGCUUCCCCAAAGCCCCCAGUGCUUGUGCCCGUUUUCCCCAUGUCAGCACCACCCCCACCCACAGCCCCCGCUCCUCCCCCCUUUCCUAGCAAAUCCAGCUCCAAGCCAAUAUCCAAGAGGACCAAAGCUUUUCACUGGGACCAGAUCAACCAGGACAAACUCGGGAAGUCCCUUUGGACUCGCCGCGACCUGGGAAAUGUGCAGAUUGACACAUCCCGGCUCUACGAGCAAUUUGGCACCCAGGAUUUUGUGUAUGCCGGAGGGCUAGAGUCCAACAGCAAUCUGCAGAUCAUGCUAAACCAGAAAGUAGCCCACAACUUCAAUAUUUUCCUCAAGAGCUUCCCAGUGAAACCAGGGGAGCUGAAGGAGAAGUUGUGCAUUGUUCACGAGGAGGACGGCGGCCUCAGCGAUGAGCAAGUCGCCUCGCUUCGGAGGUACGUGCCGACUUCGGAUGACAUUGAGAUGUUUAAGUCCUACAAGGGGUCUCCCUCUGAGCUCCACAUGGUGGACCAGUACAUGCUGGAGAUGUGCAACAUUCCAUACCUCAGUGGUAUCCUAGACCUUCUGCUACUGCUACGGGAGCUUCCUGUCAGCAUGGAGGACCUGCAUCCGCUGAUCAGCCAGAAGAUAAGGAUGUGCUCAGAGCUGUACAACUGCAGAUCAUUUGUGACUGUCCUGGAGUACCUUCUUGCCAUUGGCAAUUACCUCAACGAGAAUGCAGGGAAAGAGAAAGCCAAAGGAUUCCGACUAUUGACGCUAACCAAGCUCUCGCAGCUCCGUGGGAAAGACAGGAAGUUCACCUUGAUGCAUGCCCUCGUAGAGCAGAUCAGGUUACACGGUCCCCAGGUGGCAAUGUUUUUCCAGGAGCUGGCGGAAUUUGAAACUGUUCCAGGGGCUUCAAUUAAAGGCCUCACUGCAGAGGUUGAUGUUCUGAAGAAUGAGCUGCAGAAGGUCAUUCAAUACAGAAAAACAUACAAGCGAAAAAACCAGGGAACUCAACAUCAAAAGUUCAUGAAAGAUCUGAAGACGGCGAUCGAAAGGAUCAGUUCUGACCUCUCCCAGAUGACAAAGAAGUGUGAAGAGAUGAAGAAACUCUACGCUGAUAUAUUGGUGAAGUUCGGGGAGCCGCUGGAGCAGGAUUCCAAGGAACUUUUCGGCUGGGUGGGCUCCUUCGUCGCAGAAUUCCGGAAGAUUUACGCCGAGGCCAUGCAGUGACGCCGUUGUGGCGUCCGGCCGCGCGUGCAGCACUGGGAACCAGCACCGGCAGGAUGAACCGAAACUGAAAGUACAAAGAGGGUGAAUGUUCAGAAAGGGAGCUUGCUUCUCUCAAAGCAAAUAUUAAUUUGCAAAUUUGUAAUCUGCAGCGAUGGGAGUUUGGCAAAAUAAGCUACUGCUAAACAGAAUGUUGAACAUACAGUUCCGGAAAAAAUUGAGAAAAAAAUCUGCAUUUUUAAAUGCUGGUUUAAUUCUGGUUCUGCUGGCAGAAGGUUACACUGCGAGACAGGCUGCUUCCAGGCUCAAAGAUGGCAGUACAAAAAAUAUGAAUUAGCAGACACUAGCAGUGAACAAACACCAGCUAGGUAGAGUUCAGGAGCAACUUUCUAAUGCCAGAGAUGACCGUUAAUUUAUCCGACAGUUUCUCAUGAAUCGGAGGAUGACAUCAUGUGACCUUUAAAUGGAAUGGCAACCAUUAAGCCAAGUGUGAAGUGCACUGCUAGGACAGUUCGUAUCAGGCUCCUAGAAGCAAGACUGGAGACCCACAAAGCAAGGAAGAAGCCCUUCAUCAAUAUGAAGCAGGGAAGAACCAGGCUGCAGUGUGGAAAAUAUGUAUGUGUGUACAGUGAUCCCCAGCCUAUCGCUGAAGUUACGUUCCAGACUAAUCAGCGAUAGGUGAAAAUCCGCGAUAUAGAAAGACCAUAUAAAUAAAAAAAAAAUUAAAUAUAGUUUAAACCUUAAAA